CGCUCGCGGCGGCAAUCCGUUCGAGGAACAACUGUCGACGUAGGCCGCGAGGACGACGAAAACGGCAAAAGCGCGAAAACUCUGGUAUCUACGGACGGUCACAUGGUGCCCAGCAUUCCAACGGGAAUUCGCUAGCGGCGGCAAUCUGUCCACAAAGACUGCCAAUAACACCAAACAGGUCGACGGCGAAGGCCGCGAGGCCGACGAAAACGAUAGCAGUGCGACUCCACAGCCAUCCACGGACGGUCGCACAGUGCCAAACAAUCCAAAGGGAAUUUGUUCGCGGCGGAAAUCCGUCCGCGGAAAACCCUGUGACGACGGCAGCGAGGGCGACAAAAACGACAAAAGUACGACAACUCUGUUAUCUACGGCCGGUCACACGGUGCCGAGCAUUCCAACGGAAAUUCGCUCGCGGCGGCAAUCCAUUCGAGGAACAACUGUCGACGUAGGCCGCGAGGACGACGAAAACGGCAAAAGCGCGAAAACUCUGGUAUCUACGGACGGUCACAUGGUGCCCAGCAUUCCAACGGGAAUUCGCUCGCGGCGGCAAUCCGUUCGCGGAACAACCGUCGACGUAGGCCGCGAGGACGACGAAAACGGCAAAAGCGCGAAAACUCUGCUAUCUACGGACGGUCACAUGGUGCCCAGCAUUCCAACGGGAAUUCGCUCGCGGCGGCAAUCCGUUGAUGCAAAGACCACCAAUAACACCAAACAGGUCGACGGCGUAGGCCGCGAGGCCGACGAAAACGAUAGCAGUGCGACUCCACAGCCAUCCACGGACGGUCGCACAGUGCCAAACAAUCCAAAGGGAAUUUGUUCGCGGCGGAAAUCCGUCCGCGGAAAACCCUGUGACGACGGCAGCGAGGGCGACAAAAACGACAAAAGUGCGACAACUCUGUUAUCUACGGCCCGUCACACGGUGCCCAGCAUUCCAACGGGAAUUUGUUCGCGGCGGCAAUCCGUCCGCGGAAAAACCUGUGACGUCGGUCGCGAGGGCGACAAAAACGGCAAAAGUGCGACAACUCUGCUAUCCACGGCCGGUCACACGGUGCCCAGCAUUCCAACGGGAAUUCGCUCGCGGCGGCAAUCCGUUCGCGGAACAACUGUCGACGUAGGCCGCGAGGACGACGAAAACGGCAAUAGCGCGAAAACUCUGCUAUCUACAGACGGUCACAUGGUGCCCAGCAUUCCAACGGGAAUUCGCUCGCGGCGGCAAUCCGUUCGCGGAACAACUGUUGACGUAGGCCGCGAGGAUGACGAAAACGGAAAAGUCCGACAUCUCAGUUAUUCACGGCCAAAAAUCGCACAUGGUGCCCAGCAUUCCAACGAAAAUUCAUAAGCGUCAGCAAUCAGUUGGCAAAUGGAACGAGAAUAACGCAGAACAUCUUAUUUGAGGUCGGGAGGAUAUCAAACAUGAAUACAAUAAAACAACAUCCCAGUUCUGUUCCGUCGGCCAUAUGGUGUCCAGUCCAACAAAGUUGAAAACUGCUACUAACGAGUCAGAAAGUUUCGUUACACCAUCGGCAAUUCGGGUGCAAAACCGUUCGUCGUAAAACCGAGGACAGCAAGAAACGGGUCGUUGGAGGUUGUGAGAACAGCAGUGUGACAAUAUCUCAGCCAUCUUCUUCCGGCCAUCCAGUGUCCAGCUCUAUAAAGAUGAAGCCCAUCCGCGGGAAAGCGAGAACUAAGACGGACCAGGUCCAGACCAGCAAAACCGAAUUCAGGACAACAUCCGAAUACGAAUUCCCAUCCAUGCACUCCAAGCUCGAAGGCAGUUUCUGGCAACCUAAGGGCAAGCCCAUCAACAUCAAAGGAAGGUCUUCGAUUCCUCAAAUCAAUGAUAGAACAGCGAGCUCUGAAGAGCAUGGCAAUGAAUCCGUCGUUACACCGCCGAAAAAUGCUA